CACUAUUAUCUAGGUAUAAAUACAGAGAAUAAACAACCUGAAUGUAAACCUCUCUUCGUUUCCACUGAAUCAAUUCAAAUCUGAAGGAACAAUGGCUGACCCGGAAUUGGAAGCAAUCAGGCAAAGGAGAAUGCAAGAGCUAAUGGCUCAACGCGGCACGGGUUCUCAACAAAGUCCUGAACAGCAGAAUGCUCAGGAGGAAGCAAAAAGGGAGGCAGAGGAACGAAGGCAAUUGAUGCUUUCCCAAAUUCUGACAUCUGAGGCACGGGCAAGAGUUGCUCGCAUUGCACUGGUAAAACCUGAAAAGGCCAGAGGAGUUGAGGAUGUAAUCCUGAGAGCAGCCCAAAUGGGUCAAAUUGCUGAGAAGGUUUCGGAAGAGAGACUUAUAUCGCUGCUCGAACAAAUCAACACCCAAACAACUAAAGAAACCAAAGUCACCAUUCGAAGGCGACCCAGCGUUCUCGAUGACGAUUAGCUUAACUUAUUGUAAAACUAGAAAGAUCACCUGGGGUGAGUUCUACUCUUCAGUUUACCAUAUGUGUAGGUAAAUUCAUCAGAAUUUUUAUGACCUGUGUGACAUUUGUGUGGUGUCCCUAAAUAAAUUCAUCAAGAAAGACUAUUAUUAUUAUUAUUAUUAUCAUCA